AUGGCAGCAGCAGUGGCGGAAAUGCAGCAGCAUGCGACGAUCGAGCAAACGUCUGGAGUAGGAGAGCACGAGGAAAUAGCUUACAAGCUGGUUCCCAUGGGUUUCUUGACGGCCGCACAACAGCUGGAGACUCGCAAAGAUCUGAUACAAUUGUCAACAGGAUCGAAGGAUCUUGACGCUCUCCUAGGCGGAGGAGUGGAGACAGGGUCAUUGACAGAAAUUUUUGGCGAGUUUCGCACAGGAAAGACGCAGCUUUGCCAUACCCUUUGUGUGACGAGUCAGCUUCCCAUGGACCAAGGCGGGGGAGAAGGAAAAGCAAUGUACAUCGACACCGAGGGGACUUUUCGCCCACAGCGCUUGGUGGCCAUUGCGGAGCGAUUUGGAUUAGAUGUCGAUACCGUCUUGGACAACGUGGCUUUCGCUCGCGCCCACAAUUCAGAGCAGCAAAUGGAUCUUUUGAAAAUGGCGUCGGCGAUGAUGUCAGAAGAUCGCUACGCUCUGGUUGUGGUGGACUCGGCUACGGCUCUGUUUCGCACGGACUACUGCGGGCGAGGGGAGCUAUCAGAGCGGCAAAUGCAGCUGGCGCAAUUUUUGCGACAGUUGACAAGAAUGUCCGAGGAGUUUGGCGUUGCAGUCAUGCCGGCCUUCCUCCCAGAAUGUCCCAUCACGAACGCCGAUGCCCUCUGCCAAGUUUUGCGAGGUAUGAUGUCUGAAGCCUUGCAAGAAGGGGGCCAAAGGUUGGUUGAUGCCGCCACGCAGGACUUUCGUGCGUUGAUCGGCGACUAUUUAGGAACGGAGGCAGUAUAUGUCUCGCCUUCCCAAAGCUCUGUCGGCGCAGACCUCAUUACAGGAUUUGAUAAAAACAAAUAUAUCGCUACGAGGCGCCAUUUAAACCUACACAGAUUGCGCAAAGCACUUCAAGACAAGAUACUCGUGGAUAUUGGCGCGUUGCAAGAGGACUACGCCUGUGGUGGGACAGCUCGAGGUCUAUGGAAGUUUCAAGUGGAGACAACCGAAAAAGGCCUUGCCGUAAAUCGACGCAAGCGAUCCCUUCCGAUGGAUUUGCUACGAAUUCGUGAACUCCAAUUGCAGGCGAUGUUGCGUUUCGUGAUGGGUACAAUGGGUCUUCUGGGCACCAGGCGACCCUCAGCUUCCUCCUGCAUUCGCCCUCCCUUGCCUACUUCCCUGCUCAAGGACGUGCAUCACUUCCUGGCAUACCUACAGCUGCGUCAAACCUUUGCCCUAGGCGCUGAAGGAAUGAGGGGGUUCCGGCAAGCCGGAGGCGAUCCUCUCCUGCAUCCAAACAAGGGCACACCCCAUAACGCCCCUGUCGGGCGCGGCGUGUCAACGGAAACCCCCGAUCAAGACAGGCGGGCCGAGAGGCCUUGCCCCCACGCUUCUGGCUACUGCAUGGGCGAUAUGGGGGGCGGGGCGCAAGAGGGGCUGGAGCAAGACGUGGAUGGAGAGGAGGCGUGCCCCCACGGCAUGCAGGCAACGCGCGUGCUUGACUCCAAUUUUCACGAGUUCCUGGCCGCAGCUUUCCUUAAACCCUUUCGCGCCAGCCACCCUCAGGACAUACUGGCCCUCUACACCUCGUUGGAGUGCGAGGAACUGCUGUCGGCGGAUUUUUUGGCCGAAGCAGCAGCAGGGGCAGCGGCUGCCACCACCAGGAGCGUGGCCAAAGGGGUCUCACCCAAGCCCAAGGGUCCUGUGUUUCGGUGCCUCCGUCGCGACAAAGCGGCAGCUUCUGGCUUUGUCUCCGCCUACAACAAGAGGCGGGAGGUUCCAGUCGAUAGGACGAAAGCAGCCGCCACGAUGCCCGUGGGACCUGCGAAGAGCAUGAUUUCCGGCGAGGCGCCUUCACGGCCGCCCACGCCUCCCCCCUCCUCUCCCUCCGGCAGCAGUGUCCUGCAACAGGCCAUGCGGGAGAGUCUACGGCCUCGCCCCAGCCACUACUUGUCGCGGAUCAACAGCUUCCACAAGCCCAACCAACUGUCACGGCGGCCCCUCCUCUCUCGGCAGCAGCAGCA